GUGUGGUGAAAGGUGCAUUCACUGGCUGGUUUGAAUUGAAAGCACAAAGCCGUCGAGCUGGAAAAUCUGUUCGUUAACACACCCGCCUGUAGAAACACUGACUAUCCACACAGCCUGGGAGACUUCGUGUAUACUCUACUUACCUGCGGAGGUUACACAUAGAAAGCUGCUAAAAAUGAGCAAAAUCUCGAAAUUAUUCAAGGGGAGCUCCAGCUCUAAACACCACGGGUCGCGGGGAGGACCUUCACCGCAAGAGGCCAUCCACAAACUCCGGGAAACAGAGGAAAUGUUGACGAAGAAACAAGACUACCUGGAGAAGAGGAUAGAGCAGGAAAUUAUGAUAGCCAAGAAGAAUGGCACAAAAAACAAGCGCGCUGCCCUGCAGGCCUUGAAGAGGAAGAAGCGCUUGGAGCAGCAGCUCACCCAGAUCGAUGGCACGCUCUCAACCAUUGAGUUUCAGAGGGAAGCUUUGGAGAACUCACACACCAACACAGAGGUCCUGAAGAACAUGGGCUAUGCUGCCAAGGCCAUGAAGAAGGUCCACGAGAACAUGGACAUUGACAAGAUAGAUGAUCUGAUGCAGGACAUCACGGAGCAACAAGACGUGGCCCGAGAGAUCAGCGAUGCUAUCUCCAGACCUUUCGGCGAGACAUUUGACGAGGAUGAGCUGCUGGCAGAGCUGGCAGAGCUGGAACAGGAGGAGCUUGAGGACAACAUGAAGAGAAUGGGUGGAUUACCCAGCGCGCCCAGCGCCAGACUGCCUUCAGCACCGCCCAGUCAGCGUGCAACAACCAAGAAAAGGGUUGAAGAUGAUGACGACAUGCGUAUGCUGGCAUCGUGGGCAACUUAAGUACAUUAAGGCAGCCUCUCACUUAGAGAAAGUAACCUUCUCUCUGUUUUUUUUUUUCUUUUUAUAUUAAUUUUGAAGGUUUUUAGGGAAAGUGAAGAGGGUAAUGUUAUUUUUAAAAUAAGCUUUUUGCUUAUCGGCUUGUAAGGCUACUUUACAUGUUAUAUUUAUCAAGAAAUUAAAAUGUUUAAGUGAAGGAAUCAACAAACUGCAUUUUUUUGUCUCUUAUUUUCUAUUCUCUUAGUCUACUUAGUCUGUACAUAAUGCACUAUUUUCAUAGACCUAAUGUAAUGUAACUGUAAUUCAUACAGCUGUAAAUAGUCCAGUUUGGCAUUAAUGUUGUUGACGUUCAACAAUAAAACAGUCCCCUACAUAUUA